UCCUCUAAUCGACGUCUAAUUUCGUUGCAGGAAAACGCAUGUUGGUGAGAACAUUCAAUGUAGAAGAGUAGCAUGUGGCUUAAAAGCAAAGUAAUACUAGAGUCUGCUGUUAUCUCGCUAAGCAUGGAAGAUCACGGAAUUUUCGUCCAAUUUUAGCGUUGGAACUAAGAAACAGAUAAGUCCCUGUAUUCUGUCCAGCCCAGCAACAUGUCGGAAGCCUUGAGGGAGCAAGUGAAAAAACUGGAGGCAGAGGUGGUGAGGCUGAAGGCCCAGCUGAGAGAGAAGGAAGGGCCCGAUGCUGAAUUCAAGAUGGCUGAACCUGAUAUCAAGGAAAGGGACUGUCAAGGGAACGAAGGAAGGAAGAAAGGGAAGAAAGGGGGCCAGGGACGGGUUUUUGAUUUUUCCAUCCACCCCAGGCGGCACGUGGCCCUGCGCCUGGCAUACCUGGGCUGGGGCUACCAGGGCUUCGCCGUUCAGGAAAAUACAGACAAUACGGUGGAGGCCCGGCUGUUCGAAGCUCUGCUGAAGACCCGACUGAUACAGGACCGCCAGAACUCCAACUACCACCGCUGUGGCCGCACGGACAAGGGAGUCAGUGCCUUCUCCCAGGUGAUCUCCAUCGAUUUGCGUUCCACUCAGUUUGGUGGGGGGCCGGGUGUUACCCUCCCAGCUCAGGCUGAAGGGAAAGGCAAGCUAGACGCCGCAGAGCUGCCCUACGCUAAAAUGCUGAAUCGUGUACUGCCCCAGGACAUGAGGGUUUUAGACUGGGCCGCUGCGGAAACGGGCUUCAGUGCUCGCUUUGACUGUCAGUCCAGGACGUACCGCUACUACUUCCCCCGUGGAGGCCUGGACGUGGAGCUGAUGGGCGAAGCUGCCAAACGAUACGAAGGCACCCAUGACUUUAGGAACUUGUGCAAGAUGGAUGUUGGCAACGGGGUCCUGCAGUUCCAGCGGACCAUCCUGUCUGCCACCAUUCAGCCAGCUCAGCCCCACAAGUCAUUGUCCCCUGAUCCCUAUGACCUCUUUGUGUUUGAAAUAAAGGGACUGGCUUUUCUGUAUCACCAGGUACGCUGCAUGAUGGCUGUCCUGCUCCUCAUUGGACAGAAGCUGGAAACUCCAGAGUUGAUUGAUCAGUUAUUGGAUGUUCAGAACAAUCCCAGGAAACCUCAGUACAGCAUGGCAGUGGACUACCCCCUGGUGCUGUAUGACUGCCAUUUCGAGGGGCUGCAGUGGCAAAGUGACCCAGAGGAGGCCAGGCAAGUUCUGGCCACACUACAACACCACUGGACACAGACAGCGGUCAAGACCCAGGUCCUCCGUGGGAUGAUUCAAGGCCUGCUGAACUCAGGUGAGUCUUGCUCUUCUCUUCCUUGCUGGCUACUGGAAGGAACCAGACAGCGUAACUACCGCCCCCUCCUUGAACGGCCUCGCUGUGAGAGCUUAGAGUCCAGAAUAGAACACUUUGUAAAGAGAGGCAGACUUGAGCGUGAAGAGGGCGGGGAUGGGGAUGGACCAGUGCACAGGGGCAAGAGGUCAAAGCACCAACACAGCCCCUCGAGUCAUCCCAGCAACUCCUCUUCCUCCGACCACACCAGUCAAGGACUUGAUUUGAUGUGACAUCAAGUCAUUUAAUUCCUUUGUAAUGUAAUUUCUUUUAUUUUGUUUUAUAUUAAACAAUUUGACUUGAGAUUCAGUUGAGCUAUCUGAAUGCACAUAAUUCUGUCUAUAUAAACAUGAAUUUAUGGAGAUUUGGUUUGCCAGAUUGUUGGCGGCAAGUGAAGCCAAUAGUGCACUGUAGGUGACUAAUGCUUCACAAGCUAGGAGACUAAUUUGAUUGUCGCAGUAAUAAAAAUGAUCCACUCAAA